AUGUGUGCAUACUUGUAUGAGAAGGACAACUAUGACAUCUUUCUAACUAGAGAUUGCUUAGCAUACUCUAAAGUGAAGCCUGCUGUGAAUCAAAUUUCAACGCACCCCUGUUUUCAACGCGAUUCCCUCGUCAAAUUCUGCCAGAAGCAUGGGAUUUGCGUUACAGCUCACGCCCCUCUAGGAGGUGCUGCGGCCAACAAUGAAUGUUUUGGUACAGCUUCGUGUUUGGAUGAUCCAGUUCUCAAAGAAUUGGCUGCAAAAUACAAAAGAACUGUGGCCCAGAUUGUUCUUCGAUGGGGCAUCCACCGUAACACGGUUAUCAUUCCAAAGACAGCCAAAUUGGAGAGAUUGGAACAUAAUUUCCAAGUUUUUGACUUAGAGCUAAGCAAGGAGGACGUGUGAAAGCCUUUUUGUUAACUCCAUUUUACUUGUUAGCAUUAGAACUCUGUAAUUUAUGGUUGAUACCUGCAUCCUUAUUCCUUUGUCUAUAUGCUUGGGGGUGUAUUUAGCUUUGCAAUUUCGGAAACCAAAAGCAAGUUUUUAAAUAAAAUUACAAAAAAGUGUCCCAUUUGA